UGCGGUGAUGGGAUCCUGUUUGCCAACAACGAAAAGGCGAUGAUGCAGAACCUCAACGACCGCUUGGCCUCCUACCUGGACAAGGUGCGGCUCCUGGAGGGAGACAACGCCGACCUGGAGUGCAAGAUCAGGGAGUGGUAUGCCAAGGUAGGGCCCAGCUGCGAACCACGGGACUACAGCUGUUAUCAUAAGGAAAUUGAAGACCUUCAAAACCAGAUCCUGUGUGCAGCCAUGGAGACUAACAAGAUCCUUCUGAAUAUUGAUAACAACAGGAUGACUGCUGAUGACUUCAGAGUGAAGUACGAGACCGAAUGUGGUCUCCGGCAAAACGUGGAUGCAGACAUCUGCAACUUGCGCCCGGUCCUGGAUCAGCUGGCCAGCUGCAAGACCGACCUGCAGCUACAGUGCGAGGCUUUGACCGAAGAGAUGUGCUGUCUCAAGACCAACCACGAGGAGGAAAUGAGCUGUCUGAGGAAACAGGCGACCGGAGACGUGAGCGUGGAGGUCAAUGCCUGCCCUGGCCCAGACCUGAGGAAGAUCCUGGAGGACCUGAGGUGCCAGUACGAAACGCUGAUGGAGCGCAACCGCAAAGAGACUGAGCAGUGGUAUGCCUGCAAGGUGGAGGAGGUGAAUCUGGAGGUCAUCACAAGCAGCCAGGAGAUCGAGUCAAGCAACAAACAGGUCACUGAGCUGAGACGGCAGCUGCAGGCCUUGGAAAUCAAUGUCCAAGCCCAGCUCACCAUGAAAGAAAACCUGGAAUCUUCUCUGGCGGAAACCGAAUGUCGCUACAACAAAUACCUGGCUGAGCUACAGAACCAGAUCUCCUGCGUGGAGCAGCGGCUGGCUGAAAUACGAGCAGAAAUGGAGUGCCAGAACCAGGAGUACAAGACCCUCCUGGACGUCAAAUGCCGCCUGGAGCAGGAGAUUCAGACCUACCACUGCCUGCUGGAGGGGGGACAGCACGACAUCAUGUACGCAGACUACACAGUAAAAUCUCUCUGCUUUGACUUACAGGGAUACGAAAACUCGUGA